ACGAAAAGAGCUCCCACUUCGGUUUCAGUUUCGGUACGGUUCGGUUUCGGUUUGGGUUCCAAGUUCGCAGCUCCAAGCUUCUAGCUCCAAGUUCCCAGGAGCGGAAAUCGGAUCAGGCAGCGAAUUAAGAACUAAAGUGGCAGCAGGCAAUCAUCAAAGAAGGCGCUCUAGCUGCGUAGGUGUCCGAGAUCGCGGACCGCGCAGAUCGCGGAGUGGAGCCAGUGCAUCCGAAAGUGUUUCCCCGAAAGUGUUUCCAUUAUUAUUGCACACACCGAGGAUCGGAUCGGUUCGGAUGGGCAGCAUGCAAGCGGCGCUGCUAGCGUUGCUCCUACUAGGCCAGUGGUCCUUCGGCACCACUUCAUUCUCUGCGUCCUCCUCCUCAUCCACAUUCAAUCAGCUGCAACGGCAGAGGGUGGCGCACUGGUUCCGGGAUAGCAACGAUGUCAAGGAUAAAAUUCUGGAGCUGCAGUGCUUGGCGAGAUGCGGCGGUGAGCCUUCAAUCAGCGAACGCGACCAGUGCCUGGACCAGUGCAUCCAGGACUUGUUGCUGGGCCCCAGGGCAGGCAGCUGUCCCAAGAUCGGAAGGCAGACGCGCCUGAGACUCUCCUGCCUGGACAACUGCCAGUAUGACCAUGAAUGCCCUGAGGUUCAAAAGUGCUGCUCCUCCAGCUGCGGACCCAUGUGCGUGGAGCCCCUGGGCGUCAGGAACAACACCCAGUUGCCACCGAUUCCCAAGAUCCUGUACUUCAAGAGGUCCCGUGGCCAUGGCGUAGAGCUGAAAAUCGAGUCCUCGCUGCUGGUCUACUACUUUCACGUUGAGGUGCGCUCUCACAUUGGUCGGCACUUUGCGCCCCGCAAACUCGGUCCUUGGCAGUGGCAGAAGGUGGAGAAGAUCAUGGAGGAGAACAUUGGACACAGCAAACACACAUACAUCUUCUUUCACAUGCGGCCGGGCCGCUGGUACGAGGUCCGGGUGGCGGCCGUUAAUGCUCUUGGGUUCCGCGGAUACUCACAGCACAGCGAUGCCUUCCCCUCGACGGGCAACCCCAAGCCACCCAAGGCUCCAAACGAUUCGCAGAUAGUCGCGAAACAGUUCGAUGGUCGGUACAUGAACGUGAAACUGGUGUGGUGCCCCUCCAAGUCGAAUCUGCCCGUGGAGAAAUACAAGAUCAGUUGGUCAUUGUAUGUGAACAGUGCAGAGGCCUCAAUGAUCACCCUUGAUACCUACGUUAAAGACACCCACCAAUUCGAGAUCAAGAAGCUCCUGCCAAACUCAUCGUACUACAUUCAGGUGCAGGCCAUCUCCUACAUAGGAUCCCGCCGACUCAAGUCCGACAAGAGAUCGCUGCUAUUUAACACGACGCUCCACUCGCUAGAGCCGUUCGCCCCGCUCCAAUGCUCUGGAAGCGGGUACAAGCGCAGGUACCAUCACAUUGGCACCAUUAGCUCCGGCAGCAGCACGGAACGGCUGGCGACAACGGCAGCUGCAGCAGCAUCUGGCCUCAAUGAGGUUUCGCCCCCCAUAGCGAACCGGACAACGGAGGCCGAGGCGGCCUAUGAAGUGCGUUUCCGGCUGAACCGGAAGUACGGCAUGAUUGUGCAGAUUCUGGGCUUCCAGCCACACAAGGAGAAGGUCUAUGAACUGUGUCCACAGGAGACGAACUGCGAGCAGCGCGAGUUCCGGGCUAUUCGAGCGAAAAGGGAUCCGCUGGAGUUUAGCAAACUCAAGUACAACACCACAUAUGUGCUGAGAGUGCCACGUUCCAGUCCCAAUUCCGUCCUAGACGACUCCAGGAACGUAUUUACCUUCACAACGCCCAAGUGCGAGAACUUCCGCAGGAGCUUUUCCAAGCAGCAGAUCAAGUGCAACGACUAACGAAUAGCUGCGGU